AUGCGACGAGGUUCUGCAGCGGAUGGCGAUGGAAAUGGCGGAAGCCCAUCUGCGGACAACAAUGCGAACGAAGCGCUCGCGAAGAUGGGGUACAAAAGUGAACUACCUCGGAAUCUGAGUAUGUUCAGCGUUUUAGGACUAUCGUUCGCAAUCAUCGCUGCUCCUUAUGGAUUAAGUACGACCUUGUCCAUCACGUUGAUCGAUGGUCAAUCCGUGACGAUUAUAUGGGGAUGGAUCUUUGUAACUUUGAUUUCAAUCUGCAUUGCUGCGUCAUUGGCCGAAAUCUGCUCUGUAUACCCAACCGCUGGCGGAGUUUACUACUGGAGUGCGAUGCUGUCAACAAAAGAGUGGGCACCAAUGAUGUCCUUCAUCGAUGGCUGGUUGACUCUUGUUGGAAACUGGACUGUGACACUAAGCAUUAAUUUUGGUGGUGCCCAAUUGAUUCUCAGUGCUAUUACACUGUGGAAUGAGGAUUAUGUACCGAAUGCAUGGCAAACUGUUCUGACAUUUUGGGCCUUGAUGCUUAUAUGUGCAUUGAUCAAUGCAUUUGGUUCCCGUUAUUUGGAUCUGAUCAACAAAGUCUGCAUCUACUGGACAGCAACUAGUGUUAUUAUCCUGAUGGCCACUUUGCUUUCCAUGGCCGAUACACGAAGAAGUGCGAAAUUUGUUUUCACACACUAUGAUGCUUCUGCCAGUGGUUGGCCAUCCGGGUGGGCCUUUUUUGUUGGCUUACUUCAGCCAGCGUAUACCUUGACUGGAUAUGGGAUGGUAGCAGCCAUGUGUGAAGAAACCCAAAAUCCUCACCGCGAAGUUCCCAAGGCAAUCGUACUCUCGGUUGUGGCCGCAGGGGUAACAGGCUUUGUCUAUCUCCUAACCAUUCUUUUUGUGCUUCCGCCAGUGAACAUUCUUUUGGCUGUUGCUAAUGGCCAGCCAAUUGGGUUGCUGUUUAAGACCGUGACGGGAUCCGCUGCAGGGGGGUUCGGCAUGCUUUUCUUAAUUCUUGGAAUUCAACUUUUUGCUGGAAUUGGGGCCCUUACUGCUGCCAGUCGAUGCACAUAUGCCUUUGCGCGUGAUGGUGCCAUUCCUGCAUCGAGAAUUUGGCGACAAGUGAACCACAAACUUGACGUGCCCAUGAUGGGAAUUGUUCUAUCAACAUUGGUCGAUUGUCUUCUGGGUCUUAUUUAUUUUGGGUCUUCAGCUGCCUUCAAUUCUUUCACAGGCGUAGCGACUAUUUGUCUCUCCACCUCCUAUGGGCUCCCGAUUUUGAUAUCUAUCAUCCGCCGACGAAAAAUGCUCAAAGAUGCUCCGUUCUCCCUUGGUAGGUUUGGAUAUGCCAUCAACGUGGCAACUAUUCUCUGGAUCUGUCUAGCCAUUGCACUGUUUUGCAUGCCGGUUUCACUUCCUGUUACGCCUUCAUCAAUGAAUUAUGCCAGUGUCGUGUUCGCGGGGUUUGCUACCAUUAGUGUGAUUUGGUAUCUCGUGCGUGCUCGAAAAGUAUUUAAGGGUCCGCCUGUCGUGUUAGACGGCACAAAUAGCGAUGUCGGCGUUCAUUCCUUGAAAGGCACAACGCACAUCGAAAGCGGAACUCCGGAUAAACGGUCCUUAGACACGAAAAUUCAAUAA